AGAAUAAUUUUAAUGAAUCGAUUUGCUGUCAGGUCUAUGUACACAAGUGCCACAUGUAAUGUAAAUAUAUUUAUAAGAAAAUGUGUAACAUAGAAGAGGAUUUUGGUGAUGAAGGCGCGCACACCAUGAUAGCCGAUGAGGAACCUCGUACAAAUUUGGUGUCAAACGUGCUAGAGAUGAAUAAUUGCUAUAAAUGCGGCAGUUCUGGAGCCAUAUAUAAAUUAAGAUUUCGUCAAGCUGAAUGCUCCGAUUGCUUUCUGUUAUACGCUCGUCAUAAAUUCAGAGCCGCUCUCGGAUCGGCGAAAAUUUUACCCAAUGAUGCAAAGGUCAUGCUACUUUUCGAUGGUAGUGCUGAAUCCGUAGUAUUAUUAGACAUGUUACAUUGUGCUCAGAGUCAAGGCGAUUUCAAACGCUUAUGUUCUGCCGUCAUAGUCUUAUACGUAGACGAACUUGCUUUGAUCUUUGAUGAAGAUAUGGAACUUGAUGACACCAGGAUUAUCUUAAAGACGAUGCAACUGUUUCUUGCUAACUAUAACGAAUUUCAAAGUUAUAUAGUGCCUUUUUUAAAAAAUGAAGAGGAUGUCGCAAGGUCAAUAUGCCAAUUUAGUGAAAUCAAUGUGGAAUAUUUGAAACGAGAUGUGGCGGCAGAACAAAAAUUUGUCGAGUGUAUUAGUCAAAUACAAAAUUUAACUUCGCGUCAAGACUUUGUUAAACAUCAGCGGAAUAAAUUAAUAGCAAGAGCAGCUAAGCAUUUUAAUUGUCAGUUUACCUUUAAGGCUGAUAUUAACACAACUUUGGCUUCAGAUCUAUUGACGGCUAUUUGCUUGGGAAGAGGCCCAACAGCAGCUAAUGAUGUCAGUUUAAUAGACGAUCGUUUGAACGAUGGAAUCAAGCUUGUACGACCACUUCGAAACCUAAGCAAAUUGGAAAUAGAUCUUUAUUUAAAAGCCCGCUCGCUAAAAUCGUUACAAUGCCAUUAUUAUGGUAAGAACAAAGGAACAAAUGGCAGUUUGCAAAAUCUUACCAGAUCUUUUAUUGACAACUUGCAAACCAGCUUCUCAUCUACCGUAUCUACUGUUUAUCGCACCGGUGAUAAAAUAGCUACUAAACAUGAUUUGAGUAGUAAUGUUGAAGAUAUGCAGAUCAAUUCCUGUAGUUUUUGCUGCUCGAUUUUAAAUUCUAAACAGAACUCAACGACGUUGUUGGCAGUCGAGUUCUCUCGUUUGGUUUCCGCAAAGAGCAGUAAAUCAGCAAAAAAUUGCUUAAAAUUUAAUUCGCACAUGCAAUAUAAUGUUUUGGGAGAAGCGGAAGGCACCCAACAAAUAAGCAGAUUAUGUCAUGCUUGCUGUAACAUCUACCGUGACGUGGAAAAGAAAAAUUUAUUGUUACAAAAAUAAUAUAAUGUAUAAAGUCUACUGGAAAUUAAAGAACUCCAAGUUUUCCUGUUCGUUAUUAUAGCUGACGUUAGCGCAGUAGUUAGAUAUUGAAAUUUACGUAUAGAUUGGAACAAGAUACCUAAUAUCCAAAAAAUUUUAGAUUACUAUUGUCAUUAGAAAACGCAAACCAUAUAACGUAUAUUUAAAAGAAUAUAAUUUAUCCUGUAGUUCGGUGAUUUCGGUGGUUAUUUUAUAGAACAAUUUACGUUCACGAGCAUUGUCUAGCAGUGAACGCCAAGCAGGUCCGAUCUAAAAAUAAAAACAUGGCUUUUCUUAAAGUGAUGCUCAAAAGACAAUUUAAAUAACUAGUUAUGGCCAUGAUAUUACCAAAAUUUAAACUUUAAGAACAUUGUAGUCGCCCACGUCCACCGUUAAAUAAACAUCCUAAUUCGGUUACUAUAAUUGUUCAUAUAAUGGCUUUCUAAAAUAAGGAAAGUGUCCGAAAAUCUAAUCCAUUCGGAAAAGCGUUCAACAGUUUUGAUCACAAAAUAUAUCGGUGUAUUGGAACUUUAUCAAAAUAUCGCAAAAGUUGCGACCAAGUUGAACACAAUAAGACAUAGACAGACAUCAGAUGGACACACAAACUUAAAUCGAUUCGACAUGAUAAAUCUAUCGAUAUGAUAAAAGGUGGCUCUACAUGCAUAAAUAGAAUAUGCCUUUCUACAACAAGCGGGAUGUAAGAAACUUUGCAUUUCCGCGUGAUUAGGCUUCAAUCCGGAAUCUCCCUGGAACAGCCAAAUUUACGAAGUCAAUCUAUUGGACAUAUGCCACAGAAUCAAAGUAAUUCGUGUUGACUUCUCAUAGCGUCGGUACCGAGUCUUUCUAAAUCAAUCUAUUCUUGUAAACGCACAUUUUUGGACAGAUAUCUGCUAUCCACCUUAAUUUAUUGAUGGAAAAAUUGAUUGAUAUUAAAAAAUUUGAGGGACGAAUCGCACACAUUUUCAAAGUGGAUGUGGAGUUGUACUAAAAAUAUAUGUGAAACCCUUCUGUUAUAGUUUUUAGGGUCUUUAGAAAUUCAACAAUUGAUAGGCUGCGAGAACGACUUGAAAAAUUGUGUUUAUACGUAUUUCUGGUGAGGGCUAUGAAAAAGUAAUAACAUUAUAUUCUUACUUUAUGGCAGUAUUUAAUAUUUGACGAUGUUGAGCGUACGGAGUAAUGACACCGUAACUAUUUGAUUUAUUUGGUAUGUGAUCAUCUCAAGCUUUUAAUAAUUUCGCUAGGAAUUCUGCUUCCAUGCUGUUAGAAAUUUUACCGUUGCCGUAAUGAUCGUGUAUAAUCCACACGUAAUAAAUGAUUUUAUAGGCGUCUGACGAACAAUUGACGAGUAUUUGCAGUAUUUUAAAUUGCUUUUAUAGAAGUACAAAUUCGGCUAUUUGCAUAUUUCCGGAUGCAUGCGAUAUUGCACAUUUAGACUGCUAACGAUGUAAUUAUAAUUUAUAAGAUUGGUACCAUUUAUUGUUAUUAUAGAACAAAUAUUAAACAGAAUGUAGAACAACAAACAGAAGAAGUCUUCCAAAUCUCACGAGAAGAAGUCCUAAUGUAGCUUUUAUUAUAUACUUUGGCCAAAGAGAUUUUAGGAUCAUCAUUACGCACUAAUUCAUCUGCUUUAAAAUAUUCAGGUUUUAAUCGUUUGCAAUGACCGCACCUACAAUACAAAUUAUUAUUAUAAUUUCAUAAACUCAAUCUACAUAUUGAAAUAAAUUCUGAAACUAGCAGCACGACGUAUUAACUUCCAACUGCAAAUUUUAUUAUGGCUAAGAGGGUCACAUUUGUUACCAACCUUAUUAAUUGAUAGAAUAAUAAUAAUUAAUUAAUAGAAUAAUGAAAUAACUUUUA